AUGGCCUCACCUCUGGACCCAGGACUGCCUCCCUCCCUGGAUCCCCCCACUGCACCUGCGCAUACUGUACACUGGGAAGGAGUCUCUCCUAGCCCGGGGCCCCAGCACUGCACCGGCCCUACUCAGCAUCCCAACUUAAACAGAGUGGGGAUCUUCACAACCCAGGGAUUGAACCCAGCUCUCCCGCAUUGCAGGCGGAUUCUUCACCAGCUGAGCCACCAGGGAAGCCCAAGAAUACUGGAGUGGGUAGCCUAUCCCUUCUCCAACGGAUCUUCCACAUCCAGGAAUCGAACUGGAGUCUCCUGCACUGCAGAUGAGGAAACUGAGGUUCUGAGAGAUUAA